AUGCUUGGUCCGGACUGGUUCUUAAAUCAAACCGUGCAGGACCCUGGUGCGAGGAGGUUCCGAUCUGAUAGCUCCACUCCCCUGAGCUCCAUUAUCUACCUUCAGACGUGUACUGUUGCUCAGAAUGGGCAUAGAGUGGUUUUACAUUUUGUCAUCAUCCUCAAAGGCACGAGUGUCUCCAUGUCCCAGAAUCUGCAGUCUGUCCCCAGGAAUGUAGUUUCACAAAGCAGCUCAACCCCGUUGGUGGUGAACGGGAUUCUAUGGGAGCCGGUAACUCUGCCUCUACAGCUUCCAGCAAAAGAGUUGGUCAUGAUCAUCACGUGGCUUCACAAUGGAGCAUCUAUUGCCGUCGUACAGCCAAGCGCACACCCACGAAUCUUGGUGACCAAUCCAGCAUGGCAAAAACGAGUGAACUUCACCCAAUCCUAUUCCUUGUGUCUCAACAACCUGACAGAGGCAGAAGUGGGAUCUUACAGCGCUCAGAUGACCACGGAGAACUCUGUGAUAUUCUCUAAUUACACCCUGAGAAUCUUCAGGCGACUGAGGAACUUGCAAAUUACCAGUCACGCUCAGCUGUCUGAGAAUAGGACCUGUGAGAUUCACCUGACCUGCUCUGUGGAGAAUCCAAAUGACAAUGCCUGGCUUAGGUGGCAGACCCCAGGAAACACAUCUCUAAGUGAACCAAACCUCACUAUCUCCUGGGACCCCAGGAACGCCAGUGAACACAAUUACACCUGCAUAGCUGAGACCCCUGCCAACAACUUAUCUCUCACUGUGUCUGCCAGGGGGCUCUGUGAAGGUAUUUUCAAUAAGGAAAAUGAACGCUGGGAUUUCACAUGGAUUAUAAUUACGGCUCCUUUGAUAUCUAUAAUCAUCAUUGUGGGGAUAAUUUUCUGGUGUUCCCUUCAUUUGUCUACUCAGCAAACCCACAGUCCUGUAGAGUCCAUGUGGAACUUAGAGUACACUUCGGGAUCUCCAGGGAGCACUGUGUAUGCACAGGUCACUCAUCCAAGCCGGGAAAAAGAAAACCUAACACCUGUGAAAAACAAUGAGUCUGUCACAAUUUACUCCACAGUCAAUCAUUCCAAAGAGAGAUAUUGUAAUCCAGAAGACAGCAAGUUCUCCUUUUAUAAAGCAUCAGGACGUGACUCCUUGGCAGAGCGCACCAUGUGUUGGCAGUCUCUGGAGCUAAGUGGACCCACACUCAUAUCCUGA